AUGCGCGGUGUAUCUGCCGCCGAAAUCGCAAAGUUUCGUGAGCUUCAAAGCCAUUGGUGGAACCCAAAUGGCCCGCUUCGUACCCUGCAUGCCUUCAACCCUCUGCGCGUGCAGUACAUAAGCAAUAUAUGCAAACACUUUGGUAAACGGUCUGAUUUUUUUGCCCCGUCCGGCAUUACGCCUGGAAUGCGUAUAUUGGACGUGGGCUGUGGCGGGGGCAUUCUCUCCGAAAGUCUUGCACGGUUAGGUGGUAACGUACUUGGAAUUGACAUGUGUGAAGAGAGCGUUGCUGUGGCGCAACAACGUCGUGAGCGGACUUUGCGUGAAUUGGACUCUUGCACCUCACAUGACGCUGCGGCGUUGCUCGUAUAUCGCCACGUAUCCCUCAACACAAUUGUAGCUGAAGAGAAGCAGCAAUUUGAUCUUGUGGUCGCCUCGGAGGUUAUUGAACACGUUGAGGACGCCCCGGUUUUUUUGCAAGAUCUUUGCGACGCGACAAGCCCGGGCGGGGUGCUUAUUCUCUCCACAAUGGAUAAGUCUAUUAGAACAGCCAUUAGUCAUAUUGCUGUUGCGGAGUAUCUCACAGGAUUGGUGAGGCCAGGUACACAUGAUUGGUCAAAGUUCGUUCCCCCCAAGGACGUUUCCAGGUGUGCGCAACAGCAUCACGUACGUCAAGUGGAUCUUCAGUAUAUUGUGACGUGUCCAGACGUAUGGAUGUCUUUGGCUACCCGACAACUGCAGUUGGGAUUUUCGCUUACAAAAGGCUUUGAUACGGGGCACUACUUUUGGUCUGGUUUGAAGAUGGCAGCUCCCACGUCAAACCACACUCCGUGA